CUCUCUCUCUCUCUCUCAGCUAUGGCCUCUCCUUCAAUGUUGUUGGUUACGCUAUAUGCAAGCUCUCUAAUGGCUACUCAUGCUAGUAAUUUCUACCAAGACAUUGAGGUCACAUGGGGUGGCGACGGUCGCGCUAAGAUCUUAAACAAUGGGGAACUACUUACGUUGGCGCUAGACAAGGCGUCUGGCUCCGGCUUCCGAUCCAAGAACGAAUAUCUCCUCGGCAAGUUCGAUAUGCAGCUGAAGCUUGUCCCCGGCAACUCGGCCGGCACCGUGACCGCCUACUAUCUUUCAUCGCAGGGGCCCACCCAUGAUGAGAUCGAUUUUGAAUUCCUGGGUAAUCUCAGCGGAGAGCCGUACAUCGUCCACACGAAUGUGUACACACAAGGGAAGGGUGAGAGAGAACAACAGUUCUAUCUAUGGUUCGAUCCCACCAAAGAUUUCCACACCUACUCUUUUCUCUGGAAUCCUCUACAUGUAUUAUUUUACGUGGAUGACACUCCCAUCAGAGAAUUCAAAAACGCAGAGCCGUCGAUCCGUGUCCCAUACCCGAAGAACCAACCGAUGAGGAUCUACUCUAGCGUCUGGAAUGCUGAUGACUGGGCCACACGAGGUGGGCUGAUCAAAACCGAUUGGACGCAAGCGCCCUUCACUGCCUCCUACCGGAACUUCCAGGCGGACGCCUGUGUAUGGUCAUCUGGCGUCUCAUCCUGUGCGUCGAAACAGCGGCCAUCAUCAUCCAACUACACGUGGAUGACAUUGGAUCUGGAUUCUACGGGCCGUCAGCGGCUGAGAUGGGUGCAGAAGAAUUACAUGGUUUAUAACUACUGCAGUGAUGUGAAACGCUUUCCUCAAGGACUUCCUCCUGAGUGCUCCAUCAAUUCAACGGCUUAGAUUCUACGAACAUACAUGGGGUGGUCUUUUACAUGUGGGUUUUCAAUUCUGACGAGUGGGGCCCAUGGUUUGAUAAUCAAGACCGUUGGUGUGUUGUGCCCUGCUGUGGAUGGACUAUUUCUAAAAAUCUCCUUCACAGGUCGAUCAUCAGAUUUCUGUUUUUUGUUUUUUUGGCUGAAGAUAGAGGGUUGAGAAGAGAAAUACAACAACGGUCCACAUUUCCAAUCUGGGAGAUUUUUAUUUGGAGACCUUCCACAGUGUGGCUCUGCAGAUCAACGGCCCGGAUUACCUAGCUUUGGGCCCCACAUGUCAGAUUUGACAAUCUGAGUGUUCAGUGCAAAGACAUAAUUCCCCAUGCACGUUACCUUUUUCUUUACGAUCUGUAAGAACAAGACUCACUUUUUUUUUUUAAAGUUGUGGUGUCUCAUCGAUUGAACACGUGCAUGCAUGUAUCAGCCAUCAAAUCCACAAGUCCAAAUUGCGUGGCCCAUUUUUACGGAGAUUAGCCUGAAAAUCAGAUUCAACGAUUCUAACCACCCAGCUAUGGGCUUUCGGAUGGAGUGGUUAGAAUUAAAGAUGGUCAGCAGUCAAAAAUCAAUUAGUGAAAUUCGAUGGGUAUGAUCAAUGGAUCGUUGUGGGCUUCAAGCCUAAUCUCCAUUUAAAAUGGGCCCUACUAUUUGGACAGUCUGGAUUUUCAUACAAGUGUGGCCGUGCAUGUGGAUGACCCACCAGAACUUUAAAAAUGGUGGUGAUCCAUCACCGUAGUAGUGUAAAGGGUUACUCAGAUUCUGUAAUUUGCGGUAGCAUACAGCGUACAGCACAGAAUGAAUAAAGGAGCACU